AUGGCCACCCAUCUCGCCGCUGUCUCCCUUGCAAAAGGUGAACCCUUCGAGGUCCAAACCCGACCCACGCCGAAACCAGGCCCGGGCGAACUCCUCAUCGAGGUCAAAUCCGUAGCUCUCAACCCGGCAGACGGCAUCAUGCGGGCUCAAGGCCUCUUUAUACCCGCCUACCCCACGGUCAUCGGCUUCGAUAUUUCGGGGCUAGUCAUCGAGGUUGGCGAGAAUGUCCCCGUUGGGGCCACCGAUGAAGGCCUGGGGCCUGUUUUCCGACCAGGAUUCACCCGCGUCGCCGCCUAUGCCGCCUCCGUCUGGAGGUCCUGUGCCCCUGACUACGGCGCCUUUCAGGAGCGGUGCCUCGUUCCCUGGCAGCAUGCACUGCCCCUUCCAGAUGAGGGUAUUUCUUGGAACCAAGCCGCGACCUUGCCCGUAGCCGUGGAGGUACCCCUUAACGCGUGGGAUCUUAUGGGGGUUUCCCGGAUGGGAGAAGCCAUUGUUUCUUCUUCCAGCUCCGCUGUUUCAGCUGGUGCCGAUACUAGCGGAGAGGUUCAGCAAAAUAAGGAACAUAAAAGAGACGUCCUGUUGAUCUGGGGUGCUUCCUCUAGCGUCGGCACGAUGGGCGUGCAGACCGCCCGACUCCUGCGGGAAGAUCGCGACUCUUCCUUCGCCGCCGUGUACGCCACAGCCGGUGCGGCGAACCGGAAGUAUGUCGGCACCCUCGGCGCGGAUCGCGUUUUCGAUUACAAAGAGCCGCAGGUUGUGGAUGCGAUUGUUUCGGCAGCCAGAGAGGAUGGCCUAGUUAUUCGGCACUGCUUUCUUGCCACAGGACAGCUGGCGCAGUGCCAGGCCGUGCUAAAGGCCUUCAUCGGAAAGGAUCAAGGGCGAGAGGGCCAGAAGGCGAAGAUUGGGUCGGCUCCGGUCAUUCCCUCAGGUGCGGAGGAGAUUGACGGGAUAGAAACCAUCUUUGUGGUGCCGCCAACAGACGAAAGCGAGAGGUUGGCUCAAUAUCAGUAUUGGUUAGGGACGUGGGCGAGGAAGAACCUGGCUAACGGGACUAUUAGGCCGAGUCCGGAGCCGAGGGUUGUGGGAAAGGGUCUAGAGGCUAUUAACGCUGGGCUGGAUGAGCUACUCCGGGGUAUCGACAAUCGCCUCAUCUCACAGCAAUUGAACAUGUCGUUCUCAAACCUCGUCUCUGAUCUCGCGUUCAGAGACACCCACGAUGACCGCAGCUCUCAGAUAUCGCACGUACGAUCCCAAGCCACUGCGAGAUCCUGUACGAGCACGACCGCGACCAGUGUCAGCAUAUCGGGCGACAUCUCAAGCCAGCUUCAUUCUGGCUACAGCCACCCGCUGAGCAGAUCAUGGCAAGCUGAGAGGCAAUUGACCAAGGAGAUGCUGAUUUACCCCCUUUUCAUCACCGACAACCCCGACGAGGAAACACCCAUUCCCUCGUUACCGAAUCAAUAUCGUCGCGGCCUGAACCGCCUCGUCCCCUACCUCAAGCCCCUUGUACAAAAGGGUUUGCGUUCCGUGAUCCUGUUUGGCGUUCCUUUGCAUCCAUCUGCAAAGGAUGCGCUGGGAACAGCUGCAGACGAUCCUUCCGGGCCCGUCGUCCAGGCAAUUCGUCUCCUCCGAUCGCGAUUCCCACAGCUUUACAUCGUGACGGAUGUAUGUCUCUGCGAAUACACCUCCCAUGGCCACUGCGGAAUCCUCCGCGAGGAUGGGACGCUCGACAACGCACAAUCCGUUGAUCGGAUCUCCGACGUUGCCAUUGCGUACGCUGCAGCCGGAGCGCAUUGCGUCGCCCCCUCAGACAUGAACGAUGGACGAGUCCGCGCGAUUAAACUCAAGCUGAUUGAAGCCGGCAUGGCGCAUCGCGUUCUCCUGAUGUCCUACAGCGCGAAAUUCAGCGGCUGCUUGUACGGUCCUUUCCGCGAUGCCGCGGGCUCUGUUCCGUCUUUCGGCGAUCGCCGAUGCUACCAGCUGCCCCCUGGUGGUCGUGGGCUCGCGCGGCGCGCAAUCAAGAGAGAUAUCGGGGAGGGUGCGGAUAUUAUCAUGGUCAAGCCUGCCAAUCUCGCGCAGGAUCUCCCCAUCGCCGCCUACCAGGUCAGUGGCGAGUAUGCGAUGAUCCAUGCCGGCGCUAAAGCCGGUGUUUUCGACCUGAAGGCCAUGGCGUUUGAAAGCACCGAGGGGAUUCUGCGAGCCGGCGCAGGCAUCGUUGUGAGCUACUUUGUGCCCGAGUUUUUGGACUGGCUAUCCUAG